AUGGUAUCCAGCCGGACGGCAAGCGAAUGUCCGAGGAGAAGCGGGAGGACUCGUUCACCACCUUCUUCAGCGAGACCGGGAAAUGGCCGCUACGUCCCGCGGGCUUUGAUGGUCGACCUGGAGCCGACGGUGGUUGACGAGAUCCGAAACGGACACUACAAGCAACUCUUCCACCCGGAGCAGAUGAUCACCGGCAAUGAAGAUGCUGCCAACAACUACGCUCGCGGACACUACACCGUUGGAAAAGAAGUGGUCGACUCCGUUGUGGAUCGUGUCCGUCGUCUCGCUGAGAACUGCCGCGGAUUCCAAGGCUUCCUAUUCUUCCACUCGUUUGGCGGCGGAACCGGCUCGGGAUUCACCUCGCUGCUGAUGGAGCGCCUUUCAACCGAAUACGGCAAGAAGAGCAAGCUCGAGUUUUCGGUCUACCCGGCUCCGCAAGUCUCGACUUCCGUCGUUGAGCCGUACAACAGCAUACUCACUACACACUCGACGCUCGAGCACUCGGAUUGCGCCUUCAUGGUCGACAAUGAGGCCAUCUACGACAUUUGCCGACGCAGCCUGGACGUGGAGCGGCCCAGUUACACCAACUUGAACAGGAUCAUCGCACAGGUCGUCUCCUCAAUCACGGCCUCGCUGCGCUUUGACGGAGCCCUCAACGUCGACCUGAACGAAUUCCAGACGAAUCUGGUGCCAUAUCCACGCAUCCAUUUCCCGUUGGCCAGCUACUCGCCACUGAUCUCUGCAGAGAAGGCCUAUCACGAGGCCAGCUCUGUCAACGACAUCACUUCCGCCUGCUUCGAGACCGGAAAUCAGAUGGUUGGCAUCAACUACCAGCCUCCAACGGUCGUGCCGGGCGGCGACAUGGCCAAGGCUCACCGCGCCGUCUGCAUGCUUUCCAACACCACAGCCAUCGCCGAAGCAUGGUGCCGUCUCGACCAGAAGUUCGACCUCAUGUAUGCCAAGCGCGCCUUCGUCCAUUGGUACGUCGGCGAAGGAAUGGAAGAGGGCGAGUUCACCGAGGCCCGCGAAGACAUGGCCGCUCUGGAGAAGGACUACGAGGAGGUCGGCCUCGACGGCGCUGAUGGAGAUGAUGGAGCGGCCGAAUAU